ACCGCUUCCGGGAGCGUGACCUUCGCUGGGCCGGGCGGGUGAGCGCUGUGCGGGGCCCGCGGCCUCCCCUCCCCUGAGCUUCCCCCGCCGCCUUGGGACCGCUGCCGUCGGGCCCCGCUUGCGGAAGAACCCACCGUCGGCAGGUCCAGGUCGGUAGCGAAGAUGUCGGCGCCAACGAUGGAGGAGAGGAAGGCCUGCUGGGGGGCCCGGGACGAGUUCUGGCAGUGCUUGGACAGGCACGCCGACGACGCCUCCAAAUGCGAGAAGCUGCGGCGGUCCUUCGAGUCCCGCUGUCCCCAGCAGUGGGUUAAAUAUUUUGACAAAAGAAGAGACUUUUUAAAAUACAAAAAAAAGCUCGAAACAGAAGGCUAUCAUCCUCCAGAAGCUGCUGGAAAGUCUUAGGUAGUCUGCUUUCAAAAUAAAUCUAGUGAGAACAACUAUGGAAGGAAGAAGCAUGGGAAAGCGACAGAAGCUGCUUGGGCUCAAGAACUGGUAACCUGACCGUCUCCCUGAAAUGCGGGCUGCUGCUC